AUGUGGGGAGCACAGAAGCAGAGCCAGAAGCAGAUCGCAGCAGUGGGGUGGUGGUUGGGAGGUUGGGGAAGUGGGAUGAAGGUUGUCUCUCGUCCAGUGCGCUCCCAGAGGGAUGGUUCUGGUCCGGUGCGCUCCCAGAGGGAUGGCUCCGGUCCGGUGCGCUCCUUAAGGGAUGGCUCUGGUCCGGUGCGCUCCCAGAGGGAUGGCUCUGGUCCGGCGCGCUCCUUAAGGGAUGGCUCUGGUCCGGUGCGCUCCCUAAGGGAUGGCUCUGGUCCGGAGCGCUCCCAAAGGGAUGGCUCUGGUCCGGUGCGCUUCCGAAGGGAUGGCUCUGGUCCGGUGCGCUCCCAAAAGGAUGGCUCUGGUCCGAGGGAUGGCUCUGGUCCGGUGCGCUCCCAAAGGGAUGGCUCUGGUCCGGUGCGCUCCCAGAGGGAUGGCUCUGGUCCGGUGCGCUCCCAGAGGGAUGGCUCUGGUCCGGUGCACUCCCAAAGGGGUUGCUCUGGUCCGGCGUGCUUCCAACGGCUGGCGCAAGUGCGGUGUUAUCUUUAA